UACGUGAAGCAGGCCAGGUUUGAAAGUUACCGUUGCCGCAGUGCCUUCAAACUGUUGGAAAUCCAGGAAAAGCACAAAUUAUUGGCGCCGGGUAUGACGGUCAUAGACUGCGGGGCGGCCCCGGGCUCGUGGUCACAAGUCGCUGUCAAGCAUGUCAAUUCCCUUGGCCAAGACAAAUCAGCAUUGCAGGGGUUCGUCAUCAGUGUGGAUCUACAGUACAUGGUACCCGUGCCAGGGGCUACCAUUCUCUCCGACAGAGACUUCACUUCAGCAAAAUGUCAAAAAGAAAUACUAAACCAUUUGAGGGGUCAGCUAGCAGAUGUAGUCCUCAGUGACAUGGCGCCCAAUGCCACAGGUGUCAAAAGCCUAGAUCAUGACAUCAUCAUCAAGUUGUGCAUGUCAGUGACAGACUUUUCCAGGGUUGUUUUAAAAGAUAGUGGUUCAUUGUUGUGCAAACUCUGGCAGGGUCAGGACCAGAGGCAGCUUGUGGACAGGAUGGCUGCCAGGUUUGGACAGGUGAAGGUAGUCAAGCCACUGGCCAGCAGGAAGGACUCUGCAGAAGUGUUUGUUCUUGCCAAGGAUUUCAAGAGAGACAAAGAAGAUGAGACAUAAGUUAACACUUAUUGAGUUAACCUUACCAGUACAUGGACUCACCUGUCAGUGUCUUGUUACGGCAUACAAGGUCAUUUACCCUAAGUAAUCAAUUUCUUCCAAGAUUCUGACAGUUCUGUUGAUUUUAGAAUGGUGUUUUGAGGUUUAUGUGGAAUGUGGUAUGAUAUUCUACUAAAAAGUUUCAGCACCAAAACUACUAUUUUUAGACAUUUAUUUGCAAAAUUUUAGGUCAUUUAGGGUCAUUUAUGUCCAUUGUCCUCAUUUGUACUCUGGACAUUUUAGGAUUUUGUUUUCUCCUCAGAAACAGGAGACCCAAGUACAGAUUUCAGUGCAACUCAGUAUAUACCAAUCACACUGUUUGUGUACGGAUAUUUGCUGAACACAUAUUCCACUUCAUUUCACCUAACGAAACUCAAGUGAAAGUUUGUGCUUGAACUGUUCAAACGUUGUUCUCCAAGGUGCUACAGCCCCUGUUUAUUUUUGUUGUAAGAUAGACUAAUAUGACUGCCCUCAAACUCAAGUCACAUACAUAUGCCCUGUAAUGUAAUGUAAAAGAACAGUAACAUGUACAUGUAAGUAAUGUUGAACCUAAAGAACAUCUCACAGUACACCUUGAGAACAUUUCACAGUGCGCCUUGAGAACAUUUCACAGUACACCUUGAGAACAUUUCACAGUACGCCUUGAGAACAUUUCACUGUAUACCUUGAGAACAUUUCACAGUACGCCUUGAGAACAUUUCACUGUACACCUUGAGAACAUUUCACAGAACGCCUUGAGAACAUUUCACUGUACACCUUGAGAACAUUUCACGGUACGCCUUGAGAACAUUUCACUGUACACCUUGAGAACAUUUCGCAGUACAUCUUGAGAACAUUUCACUGUACACCUUGAGAACAUUUCACAGUCCGCCUUGAGAACAUUUCACUGUACACCUUGAGAACAUUUCACGGUACACAUUGAGAACAUUUCACUGUACACCUUGAGAACAUUUCACUGUACACCUUGAGAACAUUUAUGUAUGUGGUUGAACACCGUACUCGAGAAACUUUCACUUAUAUGGUGGCUGUGAGUUUUAGGGGUGCAGGAAACUGGACUACCAAAGGUAAACAUACAGACCUUUGCCCACACUAUUGAUGAACACUAUCGGUGAAUGCAAGAGUCCCCAGAAAUUCCAUUGACCACUUUAUAUUGUCAGAAAGGACCCACGCACUAUGUGACAGGAAAAUCUAACAAUUCCCAUGCCAGGAUUGAACCUGAACCUUAGGUGCGCCAGUGGAAGGGACAGGUGCGCCAGUGGUAGGGACAGGUGGCAGUGGAAGGGACAGGUGGCAGUGGAAGGGACAGGUGCGCCAGUGGA